AGCUCUGAAGAAAGCCUCAUCUUGGCUCUCCGCGCAUCCCACAGAUCCGCCAGCAACGCGGAGGCCGCGCGGAUUCAUCAUUAAUGCUCCUGAAGGACAAUAGCUCAUCAAGCCCCACCGAAAGCUCCGGACCCGUCGCGGAGCCUGGGCUGGCGGGGGAUGAGGCUGAGCGACUCCUCCUAGAGGUGGUUAUGUGGAGAAGGAGCAAUCCCUUCUCCCUCCUCCUCCUCCCCCCGCUACUAUCCGCGGCCCAGGGAACUGCCGCUUGCCGCCAUUGACACGCACAGAUAGAACCCAAAGAAAGGCAAAGAGUCCUGCCCGGCACCGGCGCCGCGCGGGCCGAACCUGCGCCGGGGAGGGGCGCGCAGAGGGCACCGGGCGCCGGGAACAGGCGGCGCAGCACCAGCAUUGUGUUAGUGCCGGGAGGCCACUGUGUCAGCAAGCUGAAAGGGAAAUUGAGGCAAGAUGUCAGGCCGGACCGGGAAGAAGAAAAUGUCCAAGCUGUCACGUUCAGCCAGAGCUGGUGUCAUCUUCCCAGUGGGGAGGCUGAUGCGUUACCUGAAGAAAGGGACAUUCAAGUACAGGAUCAGCGUGGGUGCCCCUGUCUACAUGGCAGCGGUCAUCGAGUAUCUGGCAGCGGAAAUCCUAGAAUUGGCCGGGAAUGCUGCAAGGGACAACAAGAAGGCCCGGAUAGCCCCGAGACACAUCCUCCUGGCAGUUGCCAAUGACGAGGAGCUCAACCAGCUGCUAAAAGGAGUGACCAUUGCCAGUGGAGGCGUCCUGCCCAGAAUUCACCCUGAACUGCUGGCCAAAAAGCGAGGGACCAAAGGCAAGUCGGAAACUAUCCUCUCCCCACCCCCAGACAAAAGAGGAAGGAAGGCCACGUCAGGCAAGAAGGGAGGCAAGAAAUCCAAGGCGGCCAAGCCCCGGACGUCCAAAAAGUCCAAACCAAAGGAUAGCGAUAAAGAAGGAACUUCCAAUUCCACCUCCGAAGACGGGCCAGGGGAUGGAUUCACCAUUCUGUCUUCUAAGAGCCUUGUUCUAGGGCAGAAGCUAUCCUUAACCCAGAGUGACAUCAGCCAUAUUGGCUCCAUGAGAGUGGAGGGCAUUGUUCACCCAACCACAGCUGAAAUUGACCUCAAGGAAGACAUAGGUAAAGCCUUGGAAAAGGCUGGUGGAAAAGAGUUCUUAGAAACAGUAAAGGAACUUCGCAAAUCCCAAGGCCCUUUGGAAGUUGCUGAAGCUGCCGUCAGCCAAUCCAGUGGCCUUGCAGCCAAAUUUGUUAUCCACUGUCACAUCCCUCAGUGGGGCUCCGACAAAUGUGAAGAACAGCUUGAAGAAACCAUCAAAAACUGUCUGUCAGCAGCAGAAGACAAGAAGCUAAAGUCUGUCGCAUUCCCUCCUUUCCCCAGUGGCAGAAACUGCUUUCCCAAGCAGACUGCGGCCCAGGUGACCCUCAAAGCGAUCUCAGCCCACUUUGACGACUCGAGCGCAUCCUCGCUGAAGAAUGUCUACUUCCUGCUCUUUGACAGCGAGAGCAUCGGCAUCUAUGUCCAGGAGAUGGCCAAGCUGGACACCAAGUAGCUGCUGAGCUUUCCACAGGGAUGGAAGGAGGAGGAUUAGAAGAUCAGAGUUACAAGAGUGGGAUUUUAUUUUUUAAAAGAAGAGAAGAAGGGUGACGGCAGUGGAGGGGGGCGGAGGGGGCAGUGGGCAGCAGAGGUGGUGGGGGCAGGUCCUGCUCACGAGAGGAACCCUCUGCAUUUUAUAUUCUUCAAGAGCCUCAGUCCCUAAUUAAGCAGGUCUCCGCGAGGGGUUUCUUUCCUUGUGUUUCUUCCCGUUGUUUUAGAACUUUAAAAAAAAAAAAACAGACCUCGUUUUAGAUUUAUAGCAUUGACUUUUACAGGCACUCACACAAAAAAUCCUUUCAAAAUUCUUAAGUCUUCUGUUCCUCCUUUUUACAAGGGAAGACAGCAUAAAAGUGACUCGGGCUUUGUUGGUUGUCUGUACUCCGUGAUGGAGAGAAAAAAAUGGGGAAGACAUCUCACUGGUGCUUUUCUCUUUUGUUUUAGUGCCCACACCCCAGCCCUGUAAUAUCUGUAACUACUUCUAAAAUGUUUUUUGCUUCAGGCAUUUUUUUGUUCCAUUUUGUUUUUUAAAGAAAAAGAAAAUGAAAAGAAAAAAUAAAAGAUCCAGCAUCUUUCUUA